CGCAUCGUGAAAACGUGUGUUGCAGUUUGUUAAGUAGAGGUAUAUGGAAGCAGAAGCCAAGGAGGAGGAAGUUGACCGUUUGGCCAAGGAGCGACGAUUACGUAACGCUGUUCACAAUGCCAUUGUUACAUUGUCAGAAUGCGUAGUCGAAGCAACACUGCAAAAAAUGCUGAACAGUCUGGAUCAAAGCAGUUGGAUGGAAGUGGUCGAGGAACGUUAUCUUGGUCGAGUGUGUGGUUUCCCGCUCUGUACUAAUCCUGUAGAAGUGAAGAAUUCGCAAAAGUAUCGGAUCGACUUAAAAAAUAAGAAGGUGUUCGAAAGGUCUGCUGAAAUUGAUAAAUUUUGUUGCCAAGAUUGUUUUUUAUGUUCUGUUGCAAUACGAGCACAGCUAGAAUUAGAACCGUUAUGGAUAAGAGGCGAUGAACGAGUAAAGAUAUUUGAUUUGAACGCUGGAAACAUCAGGCAACAGCAGCAGGACAUUUUUGACUUUGAAUUUAAUGAAAAUCAACAGCUGAUAACAUCACUUGAAAUUUUGAAAAUUGGUGAUGCCGCGGAAUCUGAUGCUGAGAAUAAUGAUGAUGAAAUCAAUAUUAAUACGGAGGAAAAAAGGGAUCAUUCCCAUGAAGAGUUUUAUAGUCUUUGUCAAUCUUAUCUUACGAUGAAGCCUGCACUUCCUAGCACUGAAGAAAGUACAGUUGUGCCCACAGUUAAAAGGAUUACAGAUGAAACCGUCACGAAAAUGAAGAUAGAAACAGCGAAGAAGGAGAAUAAGCAACUUUCUGAAAGUGAAAAAUUAGCUCGCAUACGGAAGAAGUAUCAUCAGACUAAACUCAAACGAUGCCCGAAAAUAAUUAAAGCCAAACCACUUACUUCACAGUCUAGUGACAAAGUUCCAGAGAAAUUCUGUAAAGAUUUUGAGAAAAAACUGUCAGAAUGGUGUGGUCCAGCAACGAUUUAUUAUUUGCAAUAUCGCCGUAGGAUGGAUUUGCUGGAAAGUGGAAAUGAGAUAGUUGCUAAAGCACGACCCAUAAUUGCCCAGUUUUAUGAAAGUGAUCGUCCCAUUAGCAAAAUGAUUGAAGGAGAUAUGUUCCUGCCCCCAGUUGGCAAUGCUGAUCAAGCAAAACAGCGAAUUUCAGUACUGGCUGAGUUACUAAGGCCAAGCUGGCGACUUUUGGAGGAAAGAUUAAGUAUAAAUGGAUGUGGGCAACAAGCCUUAGAGAUUAUUUCCACAUUUCAACUGUCUGCAACAAAUGUUUUUCUUGAAGGGAAGACAUGCGACCUAGCAGUUGUCGUCAUUUUUCGCUUACUUGCUUACUGUGAUAGAUCUUUAAUGGAUUUCUACCCGUCUGGCAACACUGUAUCAUCCAAAUUGAUGCAACAUUUGGAACAAAUAGGAUGUGACGCGAAGUGCUAUUUUGAAAUCCUUUCUACUGUCAUGAAUAAAUUGGAAUGAGUGUAUGUUUCAUAUGUGCUUGUACAUAUCGUUCUUAGUAGUAAAUUCAACAUGCAUGUCAGUUUUUUUGAAAUAUGUUUACCGAUUAUGGUUCGCUCUGC